GAAGUGGAUCCAGCUGACGUUCACAAAUCCCUGCAGCGCAUCCGCGAGCGACAUCUGGUAAACUUCAUCCCCUGGGGUCCCGCCAGCAUUCAGGUCGCUCUCUCUCGCCGCUCACCCUACUUGCAGACAACACAUCGUGUCAGCGGCCUCAUGCUGGCCAAUCACACGAGCAUCUCCUCGAGCUGGCCUUUUCCCGGUGGUUGGGGAGAAGAGCAUUCACAAGUCGGCACCCUGGCACGAAUGAACUAUCCUGGAAUUAUGCCGCAUGAGGAUUACAACACACCAUCGAAGCAAUCCGUUCAUGUUUUAGAAUUUAAGCUAACGCCUCAUGAAAUGCGUCGCCUCUUUGUCAGCGAUUAUAUGAUCCCAUUGAAGACUGCCUUGGUGAUGAUUUCGUUCCUGUACGAUGUAUGCGAUGUGACGCGUGAAACAGUAAAUGUCAUUUUGUAA